AUGAUCCCUGCAAUAGAGGGGGGAACGGCGUCUGGUUGGUUGCCUGUGCGAUAUAUUGCGGCAGGGGUUGCAUCUCGUCAGGCCCAAGUUGCUUUGCGUAUUACACUGGAUCUGUGUUUUGCCCAACAUAUGUCUCGAGUUAGGGUUACUGGAACUCGGGAGAAUGAAGCCUCGCGGCGUGACCGCGCCAAGAUUCAACCCAUUUUCACUCCAUCUGUCGUUGAACCAAUCUCUGCCUAUUGUUUGGAUUCCUUCGUGGCUGGCCGUUGUCGCCUCACUCUACCAAAUUGGUGA